AUGUCUGGACUAGCUAUCAAUAUCACUUUAUAUGAACGAUUUAAUAAGGCUGUACCUAAACCCAUUAAUAAUCAUCCUGGAUAUGAUAUGAUAUAUAUUAGGCCAUACAUCGUGAAUUACAGAUAUGGAACUGACAUCAAUAAAAUAAUCGAAAUAGAAAAACAAUAUGAUGUCAAACCAGCCAAAAAAAGACAUACAGUACGUAUUUUGAUGGAUGGCGCAGAUAUGGAUAUGAUGAAAUAUCAUUGGGAUAAUGAAUGCUCUAAAGCAAAAACUGAGAAUGGAAGAUGCAAAUCUUAUGUUUCAGAAAAACUAUAUGAUUAUAAAAGCUAUUCAGAGCAUAAGAGGCGUCAAUUAACUGAUAGAUUAUCCCGGCAAGAAUUAGCUGAAAAAAUUACAGCAAGAGUUAGCUGA